AUGGUGUCUGCUGGAGAAUUAGAAACUGGGACUGGUUGCAGUAGAGUUUGUGCAGAGCUGGUAGAAGAAGAAGAGAGGUUUCGAGUGAGAUAUGGCGACAGGAUAUGGUUGAGGGGCUUGUCAUUGAUGCAGAACUGUCGUUUCGAAUGA